AUGGCCCCUGUCGCCCAGGACGAUAUCGAAAUGGACAGCCAUACUUCAGACAGGGCCAGCCAGGACUCCUCGCUGCGCCGACAAUUCUCCGAGCCACUCCAUGGCCAUUCUGCAUCUACUCAGGCCUCACAAUCCCCUUCUCCUGUGGCCCAUAAAUUUAAAUGCGACUGGUGUGGAGAAUUCUUUGAGUCCUCUAAUGACAGUUCUCAGUCUCAGAGCGAGGCUCUCAAAGAGCACAUAGCCUCCGUACAUCCACACAUUGCCAAAUUGUCGACACAUGAUAGUGCUGCUGAUGAAAUUGAGAAUUAUCAGCCUAAUGGCACUCAUGAACAAUCUGACGUCGCCGAUGAAGAGGAAGAGCAAGAAGAGGAAGCUGCUGCAGCUGCUCUGACUGGCGAAGCAGAAGACGACGACGCCGAUGGCAUGAUUGAAGCCUCUCAGAAUGGUGUAACUGAGGGUGUUGAAGCUACCGAGAUUUACGAAAUUGAAAAUGACCAAAACGCCAUCGACGACGAAGAAGGCGAUGGCGAAGGCCUCGAAGCGGAGUCUGAUCUCGCGCUUUCUAACCAGCUUCAUGAGUUUUCACGAGAACAAGAUUCUAUCUCCUUAGAGAAGCGUCUCCACAACCUCUGGGAUAUCCACGAUGCUCGUAACUUCUCUGCAGAUUAUGAUGAAAUGACUACCGGCCUUGACAAUACUUGGACGAAAGUGUUUGAUGACGCUAAACGUGGCAAAAAACGUGAAGAACCCGGUUUUCUAGUGCGGCCAGAUCCAUACAAAAAGGCUAAGGUUGGAAAGGGGGAGUUUCUUGAAGUCACCAAUCUCGAAGAUUAUCUGAUCCAACUUCGUGACCCAGAAAUGCGCUCCUCAGAUGAACUCUACGCUAUCACGGAGAACGUUUCCUAUGCGCUGAGGGUGUGGCAGGACGAGUUCUUGGCCAUUGAAAAGCUUCAUAAGAUCGCAACCCGCCACAAUGCGAAGCCCACUAGCGAGCCACGAAAAUUUGAAAGGCCGGACAUGUUUGAAGAUAAAAAGGAGUCAAUGCUUUACGGGUACAGGCAUGACCCCAAAGAAGACAAGGUUAACAACCAGAGCCCGUUCGUGCAGGGCGGGUUCAAGCCAACGCCCGCUCAGACGAGGAAAAUGAUCGCCAAAGCGGGCCUCAACAAUCCAAAUCCUGAUGGCUGGCCCAUAAUCUCCAGGUUCGGCGUGGAGCACGUGCCAAAGUUCCAAAACCCUCCACGCGAGGAGUUUGUGGGGAAGGCUACCCGCAAACGCAAGGCUGCUGAGUUGGAAGCAGCCAAUAGAUCUAACGAGACCGACGAUGCUCCUCUCGAAUCUCCUACGCUAGCAGAACCUGAAGUGGGUUAUGCAGGAAAGCGGCGCACCCGCACUCGUCGGUUGGCCGCUGAGGCUGAGACACAACCUGGUGGGUCUCCGGCUUCUGCGCGACUGUCUGCUCGUGGCCGUGGGCGAGGCCGUGGGCGGGGAGGAGCUCGUGCGAGCUCUCGCGGGGCCUCUGAGAUGCCUCAAUCUGAAGUUCUCCUGGCCCCAACUCGCACGUCAGGCCGCGGCCACGGUCGUGAGGGGGCAGCUCCAACAUCUGGAUCGGUACAGGCACGUACUGGAGCAACUCAGCUGGCACCACUCGAACCAGCACCUAGUGGAGGUGCAGCGCGCGCAUCCUCCGUCGGCACUGCCCCUGCCUUGGAUGGCUCGCUGGACCCGGCUGAGAAGGCCCGGCGCGAAAAGAUAGCCAAUUCCAAGAAUCCAAAACGCACGGAAGCAAUGCUCAACCACUGGGCCCGGUUCAAUCGGGAAGGUCGGACUCGUAACCCGAAACGAUCCAAAGCCCAAAUAGAGGCAGAUCGGGCGGCCGAGGCCGCACGAAAGGCCACCGAGCCCCCAAAGACCGCAGGAAAGAAGAAAAGAGUGAACAGUCCCGUCUUUGGGAUUUCUGCGGGUACUGCUGAUCCGGGUGUUGCUCCAGCACCAACAAUGUCUGUGCCGGGCUCGCUGGCUCCUGGACACCCUGGAACGCACCCUCAGCUGGCGCCUAUGCCAGCAGCUCGGUCAAUGGCGCCGUAUGCACCGAUAGACCCCCGGGCUGUAGCCCCAUUCCCUCCUGGACCCCGAGGCCCUCUUCAACAACAUCCUCCCCAGCCAUAUCAUACGCCUUAUCCGGAUUUCUAUAUGUCAUAUGGUGCCCCGGCGGCUACUGGGAUGCAUCACCCGGGCCGUACACGACCUGCAUGA